CCACACAACAUUCGACAUGAAUUUCGUCAAAAAAAUUGGAUUGUUUCUGGAUCACAGCAUGCAACUCACCGGUGCUUAGCCUUUACGAGGCAUUACAGUGGACGAGAGAAGAAACGAUUUUACAAGAAUGUGUCCAUCACCCAGUCCGGAAGUAAAGCCUUUGAAAUCAAUCUUGAUCAGAGGAAGCUGAAAACACCCAGUGGUCAGCCACUGGUCAUUCCAACUGAAUCCUUAGCUGUUGCUGUGGCGACAGAGUGGGAUACCCAGCAUGAGUUCAUCAAGCAGCACAGUAUGCAUUUGACUGCUCUGUGUAACACAGUGCUGGACAAUCCAACACACAGAACCAAAGCCCAGAUUAUCAGGGCUAUGCUCCAUUUUCUGGAAACAGACACAAUUUGUUACAGAUUAGAAGACCCUCCUGAGCUUGUGGCCAUGCAAGAUGAGAAAUGGGAACCUAUGCUAGACUGGAUCAACAAGAAAUACGAGGUGGACAUCAAUUCCACCACCUCCAUCACCGGGCCAGUGAUACCACAGGAGACCUACAGGAAUCUGGAGCAUCACCUGGAGACACACUCAGACUGGGCCCUUGUUGGCUAUGAGAAUGCAAUCGAGUGUCUGAAAUCUCUGGUACUGACCUUUGCCCUCAUGGAUAGAGAGAUCACUGUAGAAGAGGCAGCCUCAUUGUCAAGACUCGAGACAGAAUUUCAGAUUGAUAAAUGGGGAAGUGUGGAGUGGGCACAUGACACAGAGUUCGCUGACACCAAGUCCCGGGUGGCAGCAGCAGUGCUUUUCACACACCUAGUAACAGAACACACAGAGAUCAUCCAAAAGUCAAGAACUCAGUGAGAAAGGUCAAAGUUCAUGUACAUGUUUACAAUACAAUAGUUACAUCUGUAUAGAGCUCUUACAAACUAACCAGUUUCACAGCACUUUACAUCAAUAUGAAAUAAGAACAAAACGAUAAUAUAACGAUCACCGAUUGUGAGGUGGGUUUUGAAACUUUACUUGAAGACAGCCAAAGAAGCAUGAAUCAUAGAAGCUACUUCUAGAGCUGAGGAGCACAUAUCUGGAGCAUUCUCUAAAGCUGUGGUAUUUGAUGGAGGAACCUGGAGCAGGAUACCAUCUAGACGAGAGUGACGUGCAGAUUGAUGUGAUAUGAUGAGAGAGUUAAGGUAGACUGGAGCUCUGUUUGGAUACACGUAUUGAUAACAGCCAGGACCUUGAAUUAGGAGCCAAUGAAAGCAAUUCUUUUAGCAAAGGUUAGCAUUGUCAAAACAAGACAGCACGAUAAAUCUGACAGUGUAUAUGGAUGGUCUAACUGUAAUGGUCUAAUUUGAUAGAUGGUAGUGAAGACUGCAACAGAGGGAUGAUACCCGACGAUGCAUUUUGAGUGCCGAGUCCAAUUCCAUGCCAAGACUCUUUGCAGUGGAUGUUGUAUAAAUACAGAGGUCAGGAACAGUUAGUAUUAAAAUGGUCCAUGAUACAGCAUGCCUGGAGGUAGAGUCGCUGCCCGGCAAGCCGUAGAUGGCAGGUGGUAAAUCCCUCUGGUUCUUAAUUGUUUAUAAUUGUAAGAUCGACUAUGCGAUUUUUAUUUACUGGGUGCCAGCUGAAAUUUGUUUACAAAUAUUUUCUAUUCAGACAUCACCCUGAGUUUUAAUGCUGUUUAGAAUUAAAAGUUUCCCAUUCUUAAUCAUGCAA